ACUUCUAUGUUCAAGCCCAGCUUGAUUGUAUGUGUAUUAAAAAAACUUAGAAAGUACAGCACCGAGGUUUAGUUGUAUCACAGGCACCUGAAUUUCAUACAUGUAUAGAUGGGGUAGGAUUUUUCGAUCUUUGGCUUUAUUUAGCCACUUAUUGACAGAAAUUCAGGUGCCUGUGGUUGUAUAAACUAUAGUUCUUCCUCAUUCUGAGGAAAAAAACAACAACAACAAACCAAACCCACAUUAUUAGAUUAGUGAGCUAAAGAUUGACUGUUCAAAGUCGAAAUACCUUUGAAAGACCGGAAGACUACCUGUAUUUCCGGAAAUGAAAUUUUCCUUGACUUUGGCGUGAACGCAAGUUGUUGAAUAUAACCCCAGUGAUACAAACUCUCAGAAUGAGAGUUUCGAGCUUAAUGUUUUCCGUCAUACCGUAUAUCUGUGUGGCCUUAGCUGAUUAUGCCGUGAAGCAGUGUCCAUGCGACCCGAUGUACUGCAGAGUUCAUAAAUAUUCCUUCAAUCAAGAGGUAGCAAUUGUUGCAGAAGGCAAAACAGACCACACGAAAUGGCUCUGGCAUGACAUCACCACAGUCAUUGCCACAGAGACUGUCAGUGAAUCUAAAGCCCAGAAACUUAUGUGUACUGCCCACCAAAAUCAUGCCAACUUUGCAUUUACAGAGAAAGUACCGACAAAUACAAACACAUCUGAUCCAGCUCUGUUAAGUUGGUUAGACAAGGUGAUUAAAAAGAGAGAUAGGCUUUAUGCAGACUAUGUAGCCUUAGAUUUGCUUGAGCUGUUAGGACAAUGCCAGGCUGACAAUACCCAUGUCACAGAAGUGUUGGAGUUGCUGAAGUUCAUAGUCACCAAAUCUUUCACGACACAGAAUGCUGAGUUGCUCUGUAUAGUUCCCUACAAGCCGCCCUGUUACAACGGUGACUGCAGCUUGUCCAAAUACAUGGCAGAGCACUGUGCAGCUUUUAUCACGAGUCCUGAAAGUUUUAUUACGUGUGAUACCAACACAAAUUGCAUUGCCAAAGCUACUAUGCCAAUGACAUCUGUAGUGUUUGGUGUGGAAUUAUACAUUGAUCAUGGCAUUUCCCCAGACAAGCUGAUUAUCGGAAUUCCUUGGCAUGGUUUUGAUUAUACUUGUGUGAAUAUUACUAAAAACAAAAAAGCUGGAGGGAGGAAAGACGAAAUGACCUGCAAAUUUGCUAAAGAAAAUGGCUCUGAAGUGUGUGAUUUGUCCCAUAGAAAGAAAAUAAGCCUGGCAGAAAUCAAGGCAAGCUAUCCAGAGCAAUACAAGUCUGCCAAGUCGCAUCAUUUCCAAAAAAUCUACAGAUCUGACUACAUCAAUGUAAUGAAAAAUGGACAGCAGCAUCAGAUUUGGUAUGAAGGACAUGACAGUCUCCUAGACAAAUACAUGUUCAUCAGAAGCCUACAGUUGAAAGGAAUGGUGAUUUGGACCGGGGAUGAUUUAUCUGCAAAAGGUAUUGAAGAUGACGUGGAGUGGAACUGGAUUCUUCACGGUCUGUUUAGUAAAGGCGAGAUACAGGAACACGAUCUGAACAUGGCGGGCACUGUGGCAGGGGUCAGUGUUGCCUGCUUUGUCUUGGGCAGUCUGCUGGGAUUUGCAUUUGGUUGUGCAUUAAUGAGGAGAAGAAUGAACAGGAGGGGCCUCAGACUUCCGUUCCACAAAGACGAAGAGGAGACGGAUUUCCACGAUGAUGAUAACACACUAUAGAACAGGCAUUCAAUUCUCAUGUUAGUUAUUGUCAAUUUGUAAAAUUCAUUAUUUCUCUCUAAGUUAUCCAGAAGCAGUUUCUGAGAGAGAGGGUUUAUUAACCAAGUAAUCAAAGGUUACUCUUAUUGUUUUGUAAUUGACUAGAAUUGAAUGAAUAGCUGUUGUUGAAAUCCUUCGGUGCACCGAGUUCUCUGAUCAAAAUCAUCAUAGCAUUUCAAGUACCCAUGUUUAUCCAAGUUAUUGUAUUGCAUCAGAUUUUCCUCAAAAUGUCCUGUUUCUACAGAUAGAGCUAGAUCUUGGGUAACAGAGAAUAGAAAUCUCACCUCUUCAUAAACAAAAUGUUACCCUAGUAAGACAUAUACUUGUACAUUCCGCUUUUGUAUUUGUUAUGCAUGAUCAUUUUUAUUUAUUAACUACCACGCAAUAAUCUGUGUGCAAUGGUAUGUAGAUAUGUGUAUAUUGUAUAGCUGUAUGUGAAUACAUUUCAUAUGUAGAUACGUGUAUAUUGUAUAGGUGUAUGUGAAUACAUUUCAUACGUAGAUACGUGUAUAUUGUAUAGGUGUAUGUGAAUACGUUUCAUACGUAGAUCUGUUCCCACCAGAUUCUGUCUAUAUCUUAUUUUGAAGUGUAACAUGAUAACAUGCACUGCUAGAGAGAAAACUUCUACAAAUCAGUGAUAUGCAUGCUAUCUUCAUGUAUAUAGCAUGUGUACAAAAUAAAACACAUCAACUUAGGAUCUAUUUAGGGUGCUCCUUUCAUGCCUCUGGUUGAUUCAUGACUAGGGGUACCUGCUUGUUGAUUCAUGACUAGAGGUACCUGCUUGUUGGUUAAUGACUAGGGGUACCUGCUUGUUGGUUGAUGACUAGGGGCACCUGCUUGUUGGUUGAUGACUAGGGGUACCUGCUUGUCAGUCUAUUUUUGUCUUGUUGAUGUCUGUUUAAGAUUUAUUUAAAACCACUGUAACAUUCAGAAUCUUUUAAGAUCAGGAUUCGUUUUAUAAAUCCGUUAGUGAUGGGAUGUAGUUAUUUACGAGGUAGGUCAAAGGAGAAUCAAGAUUGAAAUAAUCUCAUUGUAGCUGAAUCAUUUUUACCAAUGGAGAUUUAACAAUUUAAGUCUACCAUUUGUAGGUGAUUAGAAUUCAACAUAAUUAAACCAAACAGAAGUUUGAAAAGGGAAUUGUCACCACUAGAGGGCAAAGCAUUUAUAAGUUUGGCUUCUUUUUUUUUUCAUUUUUAAAGAUGAUGAAUUGCGUGUAUCAUCUUACAUGUAAAUUUUAAAAUUGAUCAUUUAGUCAUGGAUCAUUGUUGUAAACUAAGAGUCACAUUCACAAACAAACAUUUCAUAUUGAAUUUCACUGUACGUUUCAUAUUACGGUUUCAAUGUUAAAUUUCAUAACAUACAUUUACUACUUAAAUUUUUUUUAUCAAAAGUCUGUGUAGGAGUUAUAGAUGUUGUGAUACUGGGGUGUGGCAUUCUUAGUGUGGUGCAGUUAAUUAAGUGUUGUGUUUGUUGGUUUCACAAUAUUUUAUUCUUAAAUUCCCCGUGGAUGUGAUCAUAUUCAAGUUUUAUUUAUACCAAUGUGCAUCUAUACCAAUGUGCAACUAAUCAUGCUAUGAUUAAUUUCACUGACGACCAGAUGGAACAGUUCUGUAUAGCAGAAAAAGGAUUUUCCCCAGGUUUAAAUCUGCCCAGAGUUGCUACAUUAAAGUUAUGAAUAAAUUUAUUUUUGCUAUGUUUUAAAAUCACCCAAUGGGCAACUGAAAUUAAUUCCAGUAUGAAGUGACAGUAGAAUUUAGUUUUUCAAAUUUAUAUACUGUCUAAUGCAAUUCCCUUACAAACUUAAUAUAUACUAUGCAAAAGACAGUGUCAGAUAACAGAUACCAUUUAAAAUGGGUUUGUUACAGGUUUGAUUAGAACUUUUACCUUAUACCGGUAUGAAUUUACUAGAUCUAUUGCAUGGUAAAUUAUAAGAGUUUUAGAAAAUGUAUUGGGGGGAAAUAUUGGUUAUCGAAGAAGAAAAUAAAAUAAGAUGACAGUCAUUUUGUACUGCAGUUCUUUUUUAUCAUACAUGUUAUAUGUCAAAGCUAAAGAGAGAUGUAGAAUUUGUGUAUUGUACCUGUAAAUAUUUUUGUUAUAUGAAUUUAUAGCACAUUACUGAUGAUGUUCUUGUGUAGAAACCAAAGUUGUUUUAAAAUUGAAUUUUGACAUGCAUUGUAUCUUUUACUUUAUGAUAGAAAGGGGAAGAGUUCAAUAUUGAUUUAUUCAAACACUGUACACAAUGUGAAAUAACUGCAUGCUGUAACAAGGAAUAAUUUUCAACAGGGAUAACCUUAUUUGAAUACUGAUUGUGUGUACAAUAUAUAUCAUUUUAGCCCCUCUAUAUUUAGAUAAAAUACAUUGUUGUAUUAAGCCUUUUAUUACUCAUUGCUAUUGAUGUUUUCUUUUGAAUGAAAAAGUUAAGUAUCAAUUACAAGCUGUAAAUUUGAGUACCGGGACACUAUCACAUUUUAUUGCAGAGGUAUAUACUAGAGUGCAGAAUGUGUAUCAUUUUAUUUCUUUUUUCUGUCAGUACACAUUGUGUAAAAAAAAUGUACUAUGCAUGGGUUCAAAAUUGUAAUCUGCAUUAGAUGUCGCGCAAAUCUGUAGAAAACCAUAUGAACUGUUAAAUCACAAAUGUCCAUGGUCUGAGAUUUUUUUGUGUGUGUGUUUGUUGGGAGCAUAAUUUCAUUCUUGUAAAGUUGUCAUUCGUGGUGGUACAGUGAAACUCGGUUACGGCGAAUACCUGGGGUCCCAUUGAUUGACACUUCGAUACAGCUGUAAUUCACUACAUUUGUAUAACAAAUUAUUUUUACAAUUUAUAACAAUUUGAUGCAAGGACAAUUUACAAAGCAUAGAAUAUGCGAAAUACCCAUCUUUCUGUAGAUGGUAAAAAAAAUUGAUUAUUGCGAUGAAAUAUGACAGUGUAUUAGCUUAUUAUGGAAACUUACAGCUGUUUAAUUGUGUGUACUAUUUUAAAUCAACUGACUCAGAAAAUUAAACUCGCCAUAUAAAAUUUAUUUUUUUAAGUACAUUUAACAGUAUGAUCAUUAAUAGAUUCUUUGAUUAAAAUAAAAUUUGGCUAGUUUUUUUAAAUUAGAAUAUCACACCACCUGAAACAUGAUUUACCUGCCACUUGUUAGAACACAUGGUUAAUCAUGAUAAUUCUCUUCAUAGACAUAUUAAUUAUGAGAGGUUACUAAUGGAGAAAUGAGUGCAUAAAAUAUUAGUAAUGAGAUGUCCAAACUACUCCAAAGAUAAAGAAGAAAAGUAGAAACAAUGCGAAAAAUGAGGUCAAUCAGUCACAUGUUAUUCAAAAUGAGGUCAAUCAGUCACAUGUAAUUCACGAUGAGGUCAAUCAGUCACAUGUAAUUCACAAUGAGGUCAAUCAGUCACAUGUAAUUCACAAUGAGGUCAAUCAGUCACAUGUAAUUCACAAUGAUUUUCUAUGAAAAAGAAUUCAUUACAGACAGUUUUAAUACAUGUGGGAAUAAAAAUUAGCUUGUUAUAACCAAAUUCUUAUCAGGUUUUUAAUGAAGGAAGUAUGAAGAAUGCUGUCAAUACAUCAGAAAAACUUUGUUAUAUCUGUAAAUUCGCUGUAGCCGUGUCCGCACUAAAUGAGUUUUACUUUAGUUCACUUUCUUGUGGGGACUUCAAUUCGCGAGUAGAAAAUUAGACCCACCCCUUCAGUAGAAAUACAAAUAGCUUUAUUCAAGGUACGUGAGCCUGUAUCUGAAUUAGAAAUUGUUUAUGCAUGUAGUUAUAUAAAGGGCAUAUACACUGUACCCCCAAAAUUUCACGUUAUAUUUUCUUGAAAAAAAGAAAGACAUAUUUUGUAUUUCAAAGAAAAUUUAAUAUUUUGAAGUUUGAAAAAUAAAAAGUUUUGUAAUUUCUACAGUUAAUUUUUUUUCGUCCUCUCUGUCAGUAUGGCAAUUAUUUUUUUGAUAUGUACUUGAAUGUGAUCAGUGGAUUGCAGUGUGUGCUGAAAUAUUUUUUGAUGUGCUGCUUGCUGUAUUUCUGUGUUGAUGCUUUCCUACGACAAUACAUUCACAAAAUCUUGUGCUGUAGUGUUUAACUGGACAAAAAAAAUAUUAAUUUUAUGUCAACAUAUUAAUUGAAUAUGUAUGUUUUUCUAUUUUAAUUUUUUUUUUUACAAUGAAUACAUAUCAAUGCCAUGAUCUUUCAUUUUAGAUGAUUUGUGUGAUUUUUUUUUUUAAGAUUGAUUUUUGAAAUGGUAAUUUGUGUAAUUUUUAAACAUUUAAUUUUAUUGCACGAUGAUACAAUUUUGAUGCCCAAUGAAAUGCAGAAAAGAAUA